AUGACUAGCCCAGUAUAUCACAACAUUCAAUCAGAAGUCGUUCUUGCGCCAACAAAUGACACAUUAUUGGAUAUAAAAGAGGAAACUCAUCCGUUAGAUGUAACUGGACCAACAGCUGGUCGCAGACAAAGUGUAAAGAUUCCGGCUAAUCUUCGUUCAACAUUUGGCUCAAAUUAUAGUUUAAUCUCGUUUUUACUACACUUGAUUAUUCCUAUUUUACAACUCUACAUCGGUAUCAAAUACCAAGGUCAAUGUCCAAUUCAACCAAAAAUUGCCACAUGGAUGAUUGUCAACGGAGCUGUUGGUCUCGUUGUGGCUUGCAGUGGUAUCCUCAUCUUUGUUGCUCUUUUAUUAUUGGUCACUGUUAUUUGUAGUCCAUGUGGUAUCUGUUUGUUAGUGCUUAUGGUACCGCUAAUUGUACUGAGUACUCCGUUUCUAUUUGGAUGGUUUCUUGCAGGAAACUUUUGGAUAUUCAGCGUUAGGCAUACGGUUCAGUAUAGUAAACAUGACACGUCAACAUGGUGUCACCCAACUCUUUAUCAAGUGGCCUAUUGGUCCAUUAUUAUUGCUUACAUUCUAUUCUUUAUCAACUGCAUCGGUGGCUGUGCCUAUAAAGCAUAUCAACAGAAACAGUUACGAACAGAGAUAAAGACUGGAAGGGUCGAUCUUCAUGACCAAAUAGGUGUUGCGCGAACAUAA